AUGUUUCAGACAGUAUCGUCAAAAAGGGUUCUACGAAGUACACUAAUAGCCUUGUCAUGGGUCCCAGUAUUGUUGACAGUCAAUAAUAAUGUGGUGCAUAUCGCACAAGUUAAAGGUACUUCGAUGCAGCCUACGCUAAACCCGCAAACAGAGACACUGGAGAAGGACUGGGUGCUACUAUGGAAGCUCGGCGUCAAGCACCCAAUCAAUUUAUCAAGAGACGAUGUUAUCCUUUUCAAAGCUCCGACCAACCCUGGGAAGACUUACUGUAAAAGAGUUAAAGGCUUACCUUUUGAUACCAUUGAAACGAAGUUCCCGUACCCCAAGCCUCAAGUGAACCUUCCCAGAGGGCAUAUAUGGGUCGAAGGGGACAAUUUUUUUCAUUCUAUUGAUAGCAAUACAUUUGGCCCCAUUUCUAGUGGGUUGGUUAUAGGAAAAGCAGUAUCGAUUGUUUGGCCACCUUCCAGGUGGGGCUCAGAUCUCAAGCUGAGCACUGGUAGAGAUUGCAUAAACAAAAGAUCUGUUGCGGAAUAA